AUGGCAUCUAUCCCAGUUGCAUCACGUUUGAUCGAACUUGCCGAGACUGAUGUUCGAUAUGCCAUACCGAAAUCUGAGCUUGAUUCCAUUCUCUCAGCCUCGCCGUUCGUCCAUGUAUCCGGCACAUUUAACACUCGAGACAUCGGACAGCUUCCGGGCAGCCCCAUCAGACCCGGCUACAUAUUUCGCUCUGGCUCCCUCGAGAGCUUAGACGAGACAGGCAAGCGACAACUUACGAACCAACUCGGCAUCAAGAAGAUUUUCGACUUGAGGGCAGACCAUGAGCGGGAGAGGUACCCUGAGCCUAACAUCCCCGGGGUUGAAAACGUAUGGCUGCCCAACUCAUACAGCAACACCAUUAAUAUCGGCGAUUUCGUGAGCGGCGGCGGAGAGGAAGGCUACUGCAAGAUGUACAUGGACAUCAUGGAGGUAUAUGCCUCGACUUUCAAAUCUGUUCUUGAACAUGUCAGAGCCCAGCCUGGCAAGCCGUUCUUGUUCCACUGCGCCCGUGAGUUAAUCACCUACUAA